AUGACUGCCAUCGAUAUUCACAAGAAGUAUGGCCCUGUGGUUCGCAUCGGACCAAGCCAUGUCUCGAUUUCCGAUCCGGCUGUAAUCCCAGUCAUCUACGGCACCAAGGAGAACUUUACCAAGACGGGCUUUUACCCGAUCCAGUGCAUCUCAUGGAGGAAAAAGCCGGAAAUGAACCUCUUUUCAACCCGCGACCCAGAGUAUCACCGCAUCGAGAAGCGGAAGGUUGGCGCUGCAUAUAGUUUGCCCAACCUGUUGCAGUCCGAAGCGGGAAUUGACUCUUGUGUGUCGCUUUUCAUGACCCGUCUUGACGAGUUCGCUUCGAAAAGAGAACCUGUGGAUCUUGGCGCCUGGCUGCAAUACUUCGCCUUCGACGUCGUCGGAGAGGUGACCUUUGCAAGUAAACUCGGCUUCUUGGAGCAGGGGAAGGAUGUCGAUGGCAUGAUGAAGGCUAUCGAAGGCAUGCUCACGUACGCUGCACUUUGUGGUCAAGUUCCAGAAAUGCACGACCUCCUCCUUGGAAAUCCACUCUUCACCAAGCUCAUGCCGGCCAUGGAAACUUGGACUCAGGUGCUUGUCUUCACUCUGAAAGCAAUCAACGGGCGAGCCAGCAUCAAGCGGGAUGGCGAAUUGAUCAACGCGGACGUCGAGGGCCGAGACAUGCUCAAUGAGUCGCGGGAUAUCAUUGUGCACUUGAGCACAAACGUGUUCGCGGGCUCCGAUACGACGGCGAUCGCCCUUCGCGCCAUCGUAUACUUCCUUUGCCGCCACCCGGAAUGUAUGGAUCGGCUUGUCGCCGAGAUCGAUACAGCAGACAAAGAGGGGAAGCUCAGUCGCCCAAUUUCACAUAAAGAAGCCACUACCGAACUUCCAUACCUGGGCGCCGUGGUCAAGGAAGCCAUGCUCAUUCAUCCUUCGGUCGGUUUUCUUAUGGAACGCCAUGUUCCAGCCGCAGGCCUCGACGUCCAAGGCUACCACAUCCCUGCAGGUACGAUAGUUGGAAUCAACCCUUGGGUCACCAAUCGAUCGCCAGUCUUUGGUCCUGAACCAGAGAAAUUCAACCCCAGCCGUUGGUUGACGGCGUCAGAGGGUCAGCUCAAGGGAGAUGGAGAGCAUUUGGGAGCUCAACUUCGGUGCCGGCAGCCGGAAAUGCAUCGGCCGCAACAUCUCUUGGAUCGAGAUUCACAAGGUCAUUCCAGAGCUGCUUAG